AUGCCCAGUCUGCCAGCGGAUGCGCCCCGUCCGCGACUUUGCAUCGUCGAGAAGCACGACAACGAGAAGGUCGGUUUGAAAGUAUUUACAAACGAAUGUGGUCUAGUAAGAGUAGCACGGCUAGAAUUGGACAGUCUCUCACUUCCAACUUUUAGAUACUUUGUUUUGAAGGAACAACAUUGUUACGGUACCUGUGCCCCUAUAUUGUUGUUCUUCCAUUGUUGCCUGCCGCAAUAGUGUGGCUACCACACUCCAUUUGAAUUCAGUGAUCAUUCUGAAAAGUUCUGUUACAACUGUGAUCUCCAGCCCCGCGCCAAUUAAAAAUAGAGAAGAUUGUUUCAGAUUUCAAUUGGAAAAACAGCUAAAACCCGUUUCGCGGCUGCACUAUGUAGUAGGCCCCGGAGAUUACAAAAAAAAGGGGUUUCCCAACAGAGCGCAUUCACUUUAAAGCGACUUUGACAAUGUUUGAGGAUGAGCGAUAGAGGAACAUGACCUUCUUAAAAGAGAUUACUGUAACUGAGUGUCUUAUCUUUUAUGGAAAACUGUUACUGUUUGAUCGGGUCAUGAAACGAGUUGUCUCAGAUGCGCAAUCCAUUUAGAAACGUAAUCUUUCAGGAGUAUGGCUACAACUUGCACGCCGAGAAAGGUCGUGGUCAAUUCGUCGGAGACGUCGAUCUCGGAAGUGCCGCCGAGAGGUAGCUCUCCAUUCCUUCUUUGAAACCGCUAUCAUUUCAGAGGAGGACUGAAGACCGGCGACAGCAUUUUCGCCGUCAACGGCCACUCGAUAAUCGGGGAGAACCACAAGAAGGUGGUAGAGAGGAUCAAGGCGAAUCCGGGCCGUUGCGAGAUGCUCGUCAUCGAGAAAGAGGGCGCCAAGUGGUACCAGGAGCACAAUAUCCAAAUCACUUUGGACCUUCCGAACAUUCUACGAAUCUCUGAGAAGGUCAGUCCCUGA